CAAACACGGGGAAAUAAAGGACGUCUUGUUGCUUCAAGUGGAAACAAUUUGGUCUUGUGUUGGGAAAUAGGAAACAGAGCACUGAGAGGCGUGAGGGAAGACACAUGAUAAUGACAUAGGAGAUUAUUCAAAGCGUCAUAAAAUCGAAUAAGUACAAGUGGAUUUAAACACCAAUCUAACACAGUAACACUUCAGUCAGAAUCAGUGCUCUGGUACCUUCAUCAUGAGCAAGUUACCCCGCCACACCAUGAGCUUGAAAAGGUUCAUGCUGCGGACUGAAGCCAUUAAGCUGUACCGCAACAUUCUACGGCAGCUACAGCACCUACCAGACAAGACACAGAGGGCGGAGAUCAAGGAGUGGGCUCGGCAUGACUUUGAGGCCCACAGACACCAUGAGGAUGAGGAGACCAUCAAGAGGCUCAUCAUGCAAGGAAAACAGCAGUUGGAAGAGCUUGAGAGAACCAUCAAGAGGGCAAAUGGAUAGCUAUUCGUGUGCAUAGAUAUGAUGUAGAUAUUAACUUAUAAAAUGUAAAAAUGUAAAUAUGUAGUGUUAGCAAAACACGUUAUUUUCACUUCCAAUGUCCGAGAGGAUAAUGAGUAGUUGUAACCUUUAUGAAUGACUUAUCAAACAUAACAUUUUUUUAUUUGUAAUUUUUGUGGUGUUGCUUAAACAUACUAAAUAUGAAUUCAACAAAUUAAAACAUAUAAUAUUUCAUCAGAGUAAACUUUCAUCACAGCUGUCAAGGCUAGUUCAAACUGUGCACCACUUAUUUUCUUAAUAAAAGUGUUGAAUAAUAA